UGAUGAUUUGAGCAAACUUUGCAGCAACAGCUAAACGCUCUGAAUUAGCUUUUCAGCAGAACACUCAUGCGCAAGAAUGCUUUCUUCAAUCUCCUCAAAACGCCUCACCCCCUUUUCUCUGCUUUCGCCUAUUCGUCUGCUCUUUUCCUCCACUUCCGGCUUUUUGUUCCUAAACCCCACUUCCCAUUUCCACUGUCAACCCCCAAAUCCCCUCCCAGACCAACCCAACUUCGACCACCAAACUGUCCGCGAAACCCUCUCUUGCUACUCCAACGACUGGAAACGUGCGUUGGAGUUCUUCAACUGGGUCGAAACCCAAUGCCAAUUCCCCCACACCACUGAAACCUUCAACAAAAUGUUAGACAUUUUGGGUAAGUAUUUCGAGUUCGAUCUUUCGUGGGAUUUGAUUGAUAGAAUGAAAAACAACCCUUGUUCGAUACCCGAUCACGCUACGUUUCGCAUCAUGUUUAAGCGUUAUAUUACUGCUCAUCUUGUUAAAGAAGCUAUAAGUACUUUUGAUAGAUUAGAAGAGUUCAAUUUGAAAGAUGAAAUUUCAUUCUGUAAUCUUGUUGAUGCACUUUGUGAGUAUAAGCAUGUGAUUGAGGCGCAAGAAUUGUGUUUUUUUGGUAAAAUUAAGGAAAUUCGUUUGAGUGUGAAUGAUACUAAGAUUUAUAAUAUGAUUCUUCGUGGGUGGUUUAAAAUGGGGUGGUGGAGUAAAUGUAGGGAAUUUUGGGAGGAAAUGGAUAAGAAGGGUGUUCAAAAAGAUUUGCAUUCGUAUUCUAUUUAUAUGGAUAUAAUGUGCAAGAGUGGGAAGCCGUGGAAGGCGGUGAAGUUGUAUAAGGUGAUGAAGAAGAAAGGGAUGACGUUGGAUGUUGUGGCCUACAAUACAGUUAUUCGUGCUAUUGGUAUUUCAGAAGGUGCAGAUUUUGGUGUUGGGGUGUUUAGGGAGAUGAGGGAUUUAGGUUGUGAGCCAAAUGUUGUGACUUAUAAUACAGUCAUAAAGCUUUUGUGUGAGAAUGGGAGGGUGAGGCAAGCUUACGCGGUGCUUGAUCAAAUGCUAAAGAAGGACUGUGCACCUGAUGUGAUUACGUAUCAUUGUUUCUUUGGGUGUCUUGAGAAGCCAAGAGAGAUUCUUAAGCUGUUUGAUUUGAUGAUUACGAAUGGGAUUCAGCCAAGGAUGGACACCUAUGUAAUGCUUAUGAGGAAGUUUGGAAGAUGGGGAUUUCUUCGACCGGUUUUCAUGGUUUGGAAGAAGAUGGAAGAACUUGGAAGUAGUCCAAAUGAGUUUGCUUACAAUGCUCUCAUUGAUGCUUUGAUUCAAAAGGGCAUGUUAGAUAUGGCUAGGAAGUAUGAUGAGCAAAUGUUAGCAAAGGGGCUUUCAUCUAAGCCAAGGAAAGAAUUGGGAACAAAGUUGGUGCAAGGCGGAGAAGAUACUUGAUAGCUCAAUGCUUAUAAAUUAGUUUGAAAAUGAGGCAGUUUCCACUGAAAUUCCGUUGUCAGAAUGAAGGAAGUUGGCUUGUCAGUCUAGGUUGUGCUCUGUGGGAAGUGCCUGUAGAUAUGUUGAAAAAUUAUAACAAGUUUUUCUAUAGCUGGAGGCUGUUGGCUAGGGUGGAGCAGUUGAUGGGCAAUAAUGUGGGAUUAUCGUAUCAAAUUAUACUUAUGUUCUCUUGAGGGCAUGCGAGCAUGUUUUUGGCUAGACAAAGGAUCGCUGAAUGCCCAGGUGAACUGAAUCUGAUGUUGCCUGCAUGCUUUCAUCUAAGCUCUGAGAACAGCAGGAAUGAAGCUGGUACAGGAAAUGCUUACGGUUGAUGGUUCAGAAAAAGAGAGUUCUUUUUAAACUAGGAAGUGUCGUUUUUCACUGGCAACUCUAAAUCUGCUUGAAGUAUAUAGAAGUCCUAUCAAUUAUUGGAUUCGCAAAGGCUGAAGCCUGCCAAGAAAAGGUUUCCAGCAUUUGAAAUGUUCCAUGAGUUUCUAUUUGAUGUAGACAACUCGAGCACUUCCCUCUAGUUUUCACCCUUUUUUGGUUUAUCAACAUCUCAACUCUGCUCACCAGGAUAAGUGUGAUGGUACCUACUUUUCCAACAAUUUUCCUCAAUUACAUGGAGAUUUCAACAUCUCAGGUGCAUCAUACAAGACAAACUGGCACAAACAAUAGUGUUUUCCAAGCUAUACAGCACAACCAAAAAACUGAAGGAUACUAGAAGAUACUGGCUUAUUCUUUGCACUGAGUUAUGUUCUUCAGUUGAAUCUGCAAUUUUCUUGUCUGAAAGAAGAAUGUAAAUGGUACUUUUAUCGUGGAAGCAUUUCUUGUGUGAAGUCUUCCUCUUCUUUCUUGAGAUCUCCUCUGGCAACCCCAUUCACCUGUAGGUUCAUUCUGUAAAUGCUUUACAUUUUUUGUAUAAUCAGCAACUCUCUAGCAGUUUGUGUGGAGGAAAUUCUGUUGCAAUCCUCCUUUGUUGAACAAUUGUGUAAUGGUUAUUGAUGUAAAAUCUUGAAAAAGAAUGUAAGUCUUAACUCUUUUAAUGAAUUUUCAUAUUAUGUUAAUGACAAAUUCUUGUCCGGUCUUCAUUAGUUCA